CAGCUGAAGAGGGGGACUUGAAGUCGUACGGAAGGCGAGGCCAGCGUGAAGUUCACGGAGCCCGCCGGAUUAGUCGCGCCUCCCGUGACGUCCAAUGGAAGAGAGCAGCCCGGGCGGAGGAAGCCUGGAGGCUAGAGGCAGAUCACCCAGUAGACAGGAUGAGCAUCAAGGCCUUUACGUUGGUCUCGGCGGUGGAGCGGGAGCUGCUGAUGGACGACAAAGAUCGCGUUCACAUAGAGUGUGUUGAGUGUUGCGGGAAGAACCUCUAUGUGGGCACCAGUAGCUGCUUCAUUUACCACUUCCUGUUGGAGGAGAAGACAGGGCCCACUGGGCCAGCCACAUUCACUGCCACCAAACAGUUACACAGAUCCCUGGGCUUCAAGAAGCCGGUGAACGAGCUGAGAGCAGCAUCGGCCCUCAACAGGCUCCUGGUGCUCUGUGACAGCUACAUAACGCUGGUCAACAUGGUGAACCUGGAGCCCAUUCCCUCAGGCGCCCGAAUCAAAGGGGCGGUGACGUUCACUUUGAACGAGAACCCUGUGAGCGGGGACCCGUUUUGUGUGGAAGUCUGCAUCAUUUCGGUCAAGCGCCGGACCAUCCAGAUGUUCAUGGUCUACGAGGACCGAGUCCAGAUCGUCAAAGAAGUGUCCACUCCGGAGCAGCCCUUUGCCGUGGCCGUGGAUGGCCACUUCUUGUGCCUGGCCCUGACCACGCAGUACAUCAUCCUGAACUACAGCACGGGCGUUUCGCAGGACCUGUUUCCCUACUGCAGCGAGGAGAAGCGCCCCAUUGUGAAACGCAUAGGCAGACAGGAGUUCCUGCUGGCAGGCCCCGGAGGACUGGGCAUGUUUGCAACAGUAGCUGGGAUAUCCAAACAUGCCCCUGUGCACUGGUCAGAGAACGUGAUCGGGGCAGCCAUUUGCUUCCCAUACGUCAUAGCUCUGGAUGAUGAGUUCAUCACGGUUCACAGCAUGUUGGAUCAGCAGCAAAAGCAGACCCUGCCUUUUAAGAAAGGCCACAUUCUACAGGACUUUGAAGGAAGAGUGAUUGUCGCUACAAGCAAAGGAGUUUACAUCUUGGUUCCAUUACCUCUGGAAAAACAAAUACAGGACCUCCUGGAAAGUCAGAGAGUAGAAGAAGCAUUGGUCUUAGCAAAAGGAGCCCGGAGGAACAUUCCAAAAGAAAAAUUUCAGGUCAUGUACAGACGGAUUCUGCAGCAGGCGGGAUUUAUCCAGUUUGCACAACUUCAGUUCCUGGAAGCUAAAGAGCUCUUCAGAAGCGGCCAGCUUGAUGUCCGGGAGCUGAUCUCUCUCUACCCCUUCCUGUUGCCUACCUCCUCCUCCUUCAUGCGGUCUCACCCUCCUCUCCAUGAGUACGCAGACCUGAACCAGCUCACCCAAGGGGACCAGGAGAAGAUGGCCCAGUGCAAGCGGUUCCUCAUGAGCUACUUGAAUGAAGUCCGCAGCACGGAGGGAGCAAACGGCUACAGGGAAGACAUCGACACGGCCUUGCUCAAGCUGUAUGCGGAGACAGACCAUGACAGUCUGCUGGACCUCCUGGUCACGGAGAACUUCUGUCUGCUCACUGACAGCGCCGCCUGGCUAGAGAAACACAAAAAGUACUUUGCACUUGGACUGCUUUACCAUUACAAUAACCAAGACGCCGCUGCCCUUCAGCUGUGGGUGAACAUCGUGAAUGGAGAGAUCCAUGACGCCACACGCUCCGACCUGUAUGACUACGUGGUGGACUUCCUGACCUACUGCUCAGACGGGGCGCUGGUGUGGAAGCACGCGGACUGGCUGCUGCAGCAGAGUGAGGAGGUUGGAGUUCAAGUUUUCACCAAGAGACCUUUGGAUGAACAGCAGAAGAACACUUUCAAUCCAGACGAUAUCAUCAAUUGCCUUAAAAAAUACCCGAAAGCCCUUGUGAAAUAUCUGGAACACCUAGUUAUCGACAGAAGGCUGCAGAAGGAAGCAUAUCACACUCAGCUCGCUCUCCUGUACCUGGAGGAGGUGCUGCAGCAGACGCCCAGCACCAGCGGCAAGGGUGCAGAAGUGACCGGGACGCAAGCCAAGCUCCAAAGUCUGCUCCAGAAAUCCGACUUAUACAGAGUCCGCCUUCUGAUAGAGAAAAUCCAGGGCACAGGCCUGCACAUGGAGAGCGCCAUCCUGCAUGGGAAGCUGGAGGAGCACCAGAAGGCCCUGCACAUCCUGGUCCACGAGCUGAAGGACUUCUCUGCGGCUGAGGACUACUGCCUGUGGAGCUCCGAGGGCAGGGACCACCCCUACCGGCAGCGCCUCUUCCACACGCUGCUCUCCAUUUACCUCCGCGCCGGCCCUGCCGACUGCGGGCUGGUCGUGGCAGCCGUGGACCUCCUGAAUCACCAUGCCACAGAAUUUGAUGCGGCCCAGGUUUUGCAGCUGCUGCCCGACACCUGGUCCGUGCAGCUCCUCUGCCCAUUCCUGAUGGGAGCCAUGAGGCAGAGCUUCCACACCAAGAGGAUGACUCAAGUGGCUGCAGGCUUGGCCAAGUCUGAAAACUUAAUCUACAAAUGUGAUAAGAUGAAGGUAAAAGGAAGCUCCGUUCGGCUCUCGGACAAAAAGCUUUGCCAGAUGUGCCAAAAUCCCUUUUGUGAGCCUGUGUUUGUUAGAUAUCCAAAUGGUGGCCUUGUCCACACCCACUGCGCUGCAAGCAGGCACACGAACCCGAACUCACCCAGCUCUGGCAACCGGACUUCAAAAAAGGCCGGCCUGGGCAUGUGAGGGUGAACUCCUGGCUCCUCACCCAGCCUGCAGGACGCAGAGCGCAGAGCGCAUUGUGUCCAGCCAGAGGAAGGGGCCACAUCCUGGGAGCUGGCAGCGUGCAGUCAAUGUGAAGCAGGGACUCUUAACAGCUGACCACUUUUUUAUGAAUGUAAAUGGGAAACACCUUAAAAUACCCCACCGACCCACAGAACUGUUUCAACCGGUGACUUGUGCAGGUACAUAGGCAUUAAAAAGAAAAGAAAAAAAAUUCUCCUUUGGAAAAAAUGAGCCUUUGCUGUGCUAUCCAGACCCUUUGGGUUCCCCCAGCACCCAGCACCCCAGUAUCUGGAGACUUUUAUUUGCACUGAACACAUUCACUCCCACGUGGCAUGGAGAUGCAGCCUCUCGCCCAGUGGUGGGCACCGGGGGCGCCUUUCCUCGCCUGUUGCGGCCCCACUCUCUCCGUCCCGGCACUGCUGUGUGGGGUGUGGGGUGCGGGAGCCCCGCCCGCUCCCCCAGGAGCACACAGUGAAUUCUCUGCCCGUCUGCGUUUCUCUUCAUUCUUACCCGCCAUCGCCCAGCCAGGCGAGAUCCUGCCUCGUUCACCAAGCACGCGCUGGGGGAAAUCUGUCCGCUUCCGGCUGCAAAGCCAGCGGAGGUCGGCCGAAGCACCGCCGCAGCGCCAGGCCUUAUGUCAGAUCCUCUGCUGAUUUGGAACCCCAUGAACACCCCAAACCCAACGCACUGCUGGCAAGUCAACACCGACUCACAGCGACCCUAUAGGACACAGCAAACUGCCCGUGGGCCUCCCAGGCUGUACACCUUUGUGGAAGCCAGACUGCCUCCAUGUCCUGCAGCUGGAGGUGCUUCGGGUGGCCCAAUGCGCCUUUCACCACUGCGGCGCGUCAGGGCGCUUUCCUGAGUAACGCAUCUGACUGAAAAAGAAAAAUCGUCAUCAUAUAUGUAUCGGGGGUUUUUUUGUGCUAAGAAACUCGUCUGUCAUAUUUAUUAGCCAUCAUUAAUUAUUAUUAAAAAUGUACCCCUGAUUCAGUACCCGGGAAACGAAAAGGGAAAUGCUAAUGAGCACAAAGGGAACUCCGAGGGGCCGUGGUAAGCCCGCACGCGCAGCCAGCGCUUGGGCGAGCCGUGCUGAUGGCCGGGAGCUGCCUUUCCCCCGGCUGGCGUUAGCCCCAGUGCAGCCAGGCCGCCUUACCUCACCUGUGCGGAUGGUUUACUGCCGACUGAGACAUAGCGCUCCCACCUAACGGGUUAGGAAUCCAUUCUGUGUUUAAACUGAAGCUAUUGUUAUUUCACUGCCCGCUCUCUUGGAUUUACUCAUUGCAUCUAUUGACUGGAUUCUUAAUCGCGAAGCUCGAUUUCCCCCAUCCCCAUCCCCACAUACGUGCACACACUGGACUGCUCGGAGAAGCAGCUUGUCUGUGUGACAGGAGAGGAGCAGGGAGCAGCACCUUGUUGUUCAGCCCAAGGCCUAGGUAGGGGAUGAAGAGCUCAUUGCCCUUUUCGAAACAAUAACGGUCAGUCUUUUUUCUGUCCUUUUGUGACACCCGGUGGGCUAAGAAGCAAAACAUCCGUGCAUUGUUUGGGUGGCUUGGCACCCUCUGUCUCCCAUGACGUAAAGAAUAAAUGAUUUCAAACUUCUCCCUGUGGCUCCGCGGCUCACCAUGUCUGUUUGGUAUGAAGUUGAAGCUGGUUGUGCACCGUGGAUGCCCCUCUUACAGGCCGGCCACAGGGCAGACACACACGUGAUCAUUCAACUGGUGAGUUUGAGUUUCUGUUCCUCAAAGAACAGGUGACCUUUCUCAGGCGACACUUCACGGUGAAAAGCACUGUUCCCCAGACGCACCAUGAGGAAAGGGUUGAAGAGGCCUGGGGUGUGGCUCCUUCCUAAGUUGGGGUUGUGAUUCUCAUAUUUCUGUGAACAUGGGUCAACAUUUUGAAAUGUCUCCCACCCUCUAUGAGACCUAAAGUCGAACAGUACUACCCCCCCCAACACCUCCUCUCCCAUUAUAUAACACAAGCUGAAUUCUAGGGCAAUGUGCAGAAUUGCCCCCUAUGUGAAACCCAGGCUGUUUCUAUGUAACCUUUCUCUGACUUCCUCCACAAAGCCCUUUCACAAAUAAUUUUUAAAAGAAGUAUAUGGUUCUUUCCACCAGACCUGCUGUUUUGUGACUGUCGUUGAAUAAAGCAAUUAAACCAUCACUCAGCCCCUUUUCCCCUCAUUAGGCUCAGCGUAACCAUUCUAGUUAAACCAGCAUGAACUAAACUCAGUUUACAUUAACAUUCUGUGGGCAAUAGUACUUAAUUUUAUGAACUGUUUAUCUACUGCUGCCUAUCAAGUAUUCAUGUAAAAGUGUCGCGUAGGCCGGAGAAGAUUGGGUCUGAACACCCCUAAAAAGCUCCUACUGAUAACUUACUUUACCUGAAGUGCUUGCUGGUGGGUGGCGGGGCUAGAGGGAGGCCCAGGUGCUCUCCGCCUGCACUGAUGCCGCCUUGGAGAUUAGCUUUGUGCUCUGCUCAUGGAAACCUCUGCCCUGCAACCUUGCUCUUUGCCCCUCAUUGGGUCCCAAAUACACAAAACAUACAAAUGUAAACUUGUUCAUUUUAUGAGAAAUAAUUUUGUUCUUUCUGUACCCCCCUAUCAUUUUUUUUAAUAAAAAUUACCUUAAUGAUG